UUGUAAACCCAGUCUCUUUCUCUCCUCUCUCUCUCGUCUUUCCCCUUCUCUUCUCUUCUCUUCUGUGCCGCUGUUGUGCUGUGACUGUGUUUAGCUCUCUAGGAUUGUUUUUCUUUCUUUCCAUCUAUAUAUACAUAUAUAUAUAUAUAUUUAAGUCAGAUUGGUGCUGAUUUGGGUGCGGAAGAAAGAACCAGAUGCGCCUGGUUUUUGCGUGAUGUUUCUGUUCAAUUGCGCGGGAUGGUUGGUGUAUCAGAAAAAGCCAGGGGAAGAACUUAUUCUCAUCUUCUUCUUCUCGGUUCUGCUAUUUUCCUUGCCCUUCUGGGAUACCAAGAAGUGCCUGGUGGCUUAUGACAAAGGAUUUGUGACGACGAACAGUGAACGGUUUUAGAUGGGAUAAGAAAGGGUGGUGGAGGUCGAUCGAGUUUGUGGUAGAGAAAGGAGCUCGGAGUACCAAAUUCCACGGAUGAUACGGUAAGUAAAGGGAGAAAGAGAGGAGAGAAAGGAAAAGGAGAGAGAAGAAGGGGAGGUUUCCUUCAGAUGUUAUCCACUCAAAACCCUUCAGAUUCUCCGUGCUCUUCUGAGGUUUCUGCGAGGAAGAAGAGAAGCAAUGAAAAGGCUCCCGAUGAACUAUCCCUUGAUGAGGCAGAUCUGCCAACCUCAACACUUGACCAGCUAGAUCUCCUGAGCUUCUCCAUCAGAGACUACGUCUGUCAAUCAAGGACGAAGAGCAUAAAGCAGAACUGGCCAUUCCAUCCUCCCUACCUGCAACUCUGCCUUGACCAUGGAGUGACGGACGUCCUGCCACCUUUCGAACCGCCGACUUCCUUCAAGCCUUGGCACCUCUUAAACUCUGACCUUGUAAGAACCAAGGUGGCUGGUGAGGCACUCGAUCUUGAAGACGAUGUUGGUGGGGGCCUUCAACGGACAUCAGCUACGUGCGUAGACCAACUAGGUGCUACAAGCAAGCAGGAAGAAUCGACAAGCUCGAGACCGUCUUCUUCUCCCAAAGGGAUGCCAGAAUCCGACUCUACCAUAACCAACGAUGACCUCGUGAGAGAAACUCUUCUGCCACCUAAGUUCGUUCCGGUUGGUCGCCGAAAGCCUUCAGUGGUUGGCGCCUCCCAGCCGGCUCCGUCCUUCUGCAACAGCAAGUCUUCGUUGGAUGUGGACGAGAAUUGUGGCUCGAAACCAGCAAAAAGGCCCGGGGAUAAGAGCUCUCUUACUGUAAGCAAGGAGUGCUCGGAGAUGAAGCCAGAAUCCGGCAGAUGCGAAGGGUUCGUUUCGAAGUUGAGCGCGCUGCUGGAUCCUAUGGCUUCCAAGGUAUGCCCUGUUUGUAGGAAUUUCUCAUCGACGUCCAAUACUACUUUGAAUGCCCAUAUAGAUCAAUGCUUGGCGUCGGACUCGACUACCCAACUACCACUAGCUAUCAGGCAAAGGCGGCACAAGGUGAAGCCGAGAAAGAUGAAAUCAAUAGAAGAGAUCUAUGCAACUGCACGACCAUGCACUCUUGAACACCUUGAUCGGACGAAUGGCACGACAGGGACACUGAAUAAUUUUAUGGUGUCAUUAACCAGUGAAGAUUUUAGAGAAAACAAGAGAACAAGGCCAGCUGAAGUGAAUUCUGCUGAUGAGAGUGAUGCUGACGCUGUUAAUGUCGACUCCAACGGUAGAAAGGUUCGUAUGCUAUCACAGUUGACUUCGGAGGAGGGUCCUUCGUCGAGUAAGUAUUCAAAGAGUGAGAGUGAUGAAAGGUGUCCACUUACCUCUAACAAGAGAAGCCUUGUCUUCAGCAGUUCCAAAGCUUCACUUCUCAAAACCGAGGGCAAGAAACUGACCAUGCUUACAGACCUUGAGAAUCAGAACCAUGAAUUGCCUGAAGGAGCACAGAGGAUAUGUGAGCAUCAAAAGGAGAAAAAGAAAGUUUCUCUGCAUGAGAAAACCCAAGAGAAAAUAAGGUCCUCUGGACAUCUAAAGCAUUGGGUUCGUUCAAAACGCAGAGACCUGAAAAGAGUUGUAUGCAAAGGAAAUAUGGAUGUCUCCAAGGACAAUGUUGUGCACAAUGGUGAUCCAUCUACAUGCACCAGUUGCGACCCAACUUCAACUAUUUCAACAGAAACCUUUGUUCAUUCACCCAGUGAAGGAGGAGAAAUUUGUCAAGCUGCAACUGGGGCUGCUAAGGGUGAUCAAAGCACCUUGCAGAUACUAUCCUAUAAGAAUUGUUGUCCUUCUGCUGGAAAGAAGCUUCUAACCUUGGGAAAGAAGUUCUCCUCUAAAAGUCACAUGGCUAAGAAAGUAUCCAAGUUGAAGGAUGUUGAGGAAGCUUUUCCCAGAGAGUAUCGGGAAGAGCUACCUAGUAGGGAAAGUGGCAAACAAAUGGAGCUAGUUUGUCGUAUAGACAACAGAUGCAGUAGGACAUGCAAUUUCAGUGUCCCAAUUACUCUGCAAGCUGGUAAAGAAACUUGUAGCUUAGGUUGCUCAAAAGGUCCCCUAGAGACUAAAGAUAGUAAGCUUGAAAACUACUUGUCUCUUGUGGAAGGCACUGCACUAGAUUCUGAAGAGAAAUUGAAUAAUGAAAAUCCACUCACUGUGAAGAAACGAUCAGGUCCUAACGAGUUGCCACAUGAUACUAUGGAUCGUGGAGAUAGUCCACAAUAUAUGCAUUUUGGUGGUGCAAAAGAACCUGAUGGUGAUGAAAUGACAUUGGAUGUCCACAACCCGCUGGCUCCUACAUCUUAUAGUAUUGGAGAUCCCACGAAAGUUUCAUCCUAUGGAGAGAUGGCAACUGUUUCAGCUGAAUGCCUACCCUCAAGUGGUGGUACACAAUUGGAACCUUGCAUGGAAAAUCUAGCAGAAGCCUUGCAGUCUGAGUUAUCUAGAGAAGAUAGCUCUUUUAGCAAUCAAGGAAGCAAUAAGGCUGCCCAUGAUACUUCCCAAACUGUGGAUGAGAAGAUUAAUGAAAAAAGUAAGCAAAAUGUUUCUGAAGCCAAGGCAACUAUAUCUCAAGUUAAUACUUUUAUAUGCCAAGGGAAAGGGGAAAGCUUCACCUCCUCCCAAGAAGACGUGUUUGUUGAUGCAUUUGUGGGGAAAUCAACUGCUGAACAAAAUAGACACGUAAACUUGGGCUGUCUAAAUUUUAUUGGCUCUGAAUAUCAGUGCAACCUGUUUGAUAUAUUGGCAGCACAGGUAACUCCUACCUCCACUAGGUUGGGCGCUCGUGUUUCAACUGCAGUAGAGCCCAUAUGCAGAGUUAUUGAGCCAGAAUCAUGUUUUGGACCGUCCAAAAUGAACAUAUGCUCCCCAUGCCAAGAUUCUGACUCCACAAGGAAAAGUUGUUCUCACUUUUUCGAAGAUCAGCAACUUGCAUCACCAAAUGGAAUACCAGGCUGGCAGAAUAUUAGCCCAGAUUUACCUUUUGAAGCAUCCAUGGUAUUUACAGGUACUCAACAUUUUCAAGUUAACAAAACAAGUUGUUGCCAAGGUUAUCAUACAUCAUCUCAGAGGGAGGGAAUAUGUUGCAGAGGCUCUUGUGCAGUAUCUGCAGGUCAACAUAUUUUGGCACAAAACAGCAAUCCUUAUCCAUUAUUUAUUGAUGGUUGCGUACAUGGGGAAAAUGGAUUCCCUGCAUCCACUUGCCUUUCGGAUCUCGUACCCGAGUUGCCACAAGACUUGCAGGCAGCAACUGCUGAUAAAAUGACCAAUAUAAUUGUGCGCUCACCUUUUCUUGGCAUUCCCACAAAAUCACAAACUGAUGCGAUUCAAAGGCCCCAUGGAGGCACAGCUUCUCAGGUAUCUGAUCAUUGUAAAGUUCAGCCAACUGCAAAUUGUGUGCUGCGAUUGAUGGGGAAGAACCUCAUGGUGGCAAGCAAAGGUGAAGCAGAUGCUGUACUGCAGCACGUCAGUACUCCUUGUAGUAAAACCAAUCAUCCUAAUUCUGAAUACGUUAGGAAUCUUGGUUUUUCCGGGACUUGUGGGUGUAAGCCCAACCAGCUUCUUUCAACUCCUUCAGUCCAAGAAGAUCCUUUUGUUUUUACACAUUUCCAGCAUGAAACUCUCUCAAGGUCUCCGGGCAAUUUUGGCAACCCUAGGAUUCCGCUACCUACACAACAAAAAAGCUACCGUAGUAUUCACAAUGACAAUCUGGCUAGAUUCUCCUCGCAGACAGUAUUUGAUGCUAAAAGUGAGAACUACUUUCAGCAUAGGACGCUGUUCCAAAGUUGUGGUCAAUUAAACUCUUUUAACGCUCAAAAUUUGGAGUUUGCUCACAAGCUGGAGAAGGAGGCUCUUGCACGCUUUGGUGCCAGGUCUGCUCAAGAAGUAAUUAUACUUGAUGAUUCUCCUGAGCCGUGCAGAUCAGAUUAAGUAAUCCAUUGCAGGUUAUUAUGGGUACGGCAGUUGGUGUGCAGUUAUAUGUUGACCACUUUGAAACUCAACUUUAAACCAGCAAAGGUGCUAUCCACUUUUCCUGCUUGCAAACGCAACCUAGCCUUCCCCGGUGAAUGUGGCAAUGCCUUGAAUUUUUUGGGGAAGGCCUUUUGGUUAAUCAUCAGUGGAAACAGGUAGAGUGAAAAUCGGCACUGUGUAAUCUACAAAUGUAGCCCUUUGCCUCAGUUCACUCACUGGUCGUUCUGCUGAAACACUGAUAUCCCCAGUCUUCCCUGCCUGCAGAUUGUCUAUUUCAUGUUUAGAGUGCAAAACUUCCAAGUUUGGAGUACUAUCUGUAUGUUUUAAGAUUUCCUGGCAGAUUCAGUGAAUGGGUAUCGUUGCUUGGUUGUUUCAACCACGCCAUGGUAUCAUAAAUCAAGUAGAGGAAGAGUUCUUUGACAUUGGUGUUGGUCGCAUUAAUUAAGCAAAGGAAGAUUUCUUUGACAUAAGUGGAAGCAAACACAGGCCUUCUUGAAGGCCCUUUGUCUAACAAACUGGAGGCUUAGAACCCUGCCAGCAUGUGUACAACUUUCAUAUGAAAUAAUGUUUGGGAGGCUCUUCUAACUAUUGAAGCCUUUAAUGUUUAGUUUCCUGAUGCCUGAUGACAGUUAGUUUUCA